AAACAAUCAACAAUCCAACAUGGCUCAGCUUUCGCCAAGGCUACUUUACUUUCUCUUUUUUCUUCUGAUAACAAAUUCUAUAUCUCAAGUUACAGCAGCCAACACUACACAAAACUUCCACUACUUCUGUGAUCAUGAUAACGAUAGAGGAGACUACACGGCCAACAGCACCUACCACACCAACCUCAACACCCUUUUGUCCACUCUCGUUUCCAAUAAAGAAAUCUAUUACGGUUUCUACAAUUUCACAAACGGCGAAAACACUGAUAAAGUGUACGCCAUUGGGCUGUGUAGAGGAGAUGUUGAGCCAGAGAACUGCCGCACAUGCCUCAACGGUUCCAGGACCAAUCUCACUGAACUUUGUCCAAACCGAAAGGAAGCAAUUGGUUGGUACGAGGAUGAGCAGUGUAUGUUGCGCUACUCAGACCGCAAUAUAUUCCGCCUUAUGGAAAUUGGACCAGCUUUUUAUGCUAACAAUGACAAAAAUGCAUCGGAUUUGGAUGAGUUCAAUGAAGAUGUCAACACCUUGCUACGUAACCUAAGCUGCAUAGCUGCAUCAGGUGACUCUCGUGUUAAGUAUGCUGCAGAUGGUAUAUUAUCAGGUUCAAAGGUCAUAUAUGGUCUAGUUCAGUGCACACCGGACUUGGGAAACUUAGAGUGCGCUGAUUGCUUGUAUCAGUCCAUUGAACGUAUCCCAAUAGAUUGUUGUAAAGACAAGAUAGGUGGUAGGGUUGUUAGACCAAGUUGUAAUAUGAGGUUCGAAACCUCCUUUGAGUUCUAUGGAGAUCCAGCAUUUGUACCACCAGCUCCUCCUCCUUCCACCACGGGUACUACUUCUUAUACUAUCUUAAUUAAUUCUAUUGCUCUUUCUGAACUAAACUCAUGCAUGUACAGUUUUUACCUGUGUUACAGAAUUUAUUUAAACAUUUUCUUCUACCACCUCUAGUGUAGUAGUUUGGUUAAAUGUGGUUUUCGGGUGUGUUUACACUUAUAUCUACAUGUUGACUAAGUUGGUCAAACAGCGUGUAUAUAUAGAUCACCCAAUAUGGUACUCAACUAAGACAGCUUUUAGGUAAUAAGGUCGAUAAUUGUCUGGUUUUGUUUUCCAUAUUCAUAUGACAGAAAAAAGUAAUAUGCUCUUAGGUAGCCAAAAAAUCGAUAAAUACAUAGUGAGAGAGUGAAAAUAAUAGACCGUCAAAUGCUAACAGACAACUAGUACCAGUGGGAGAUAAAAAAUAUAUUGAUACUCGUGGUGGUAGCGAGAUCCCUCAUUUUGUGAGACACUAACAAUAUACCCUUAUGUGUCUUUAUUUAUUAUUAUUUUAAGUGUUUUUAAAUCUAUAUUUAUGAGAUUAUUGAUUGUAAAUAUUGUGUAAUUAGUUAAAUUUAUCUCAUUUAUGUUAUGUAUAAAUUCUUUGCUCAUAAAGGUUGGAUGGAAGUUGAGACUGCUCUGUGUUUUCAGAUAUCUUUUUCCUUCAAAUUAUGUCUAAUACAAUGCAAUAAAAAAACCGUGUUGAGAUGGCCUUAAUAAUU